GUAUUCGACCCGUCUUGUGAUUUUAUGUCAAUCAAAAAGCAAAUCGGCCUAGUGAAAACAACUUUUUGAGACGUUUAGAGAUCAGGACAUACUGACAUAAGUAAUCACUGUACAUUAUUGAAGCCAUGGCUGAUGGACUACAAGAAUCGGAAAAUCCUUUCGCAUCUUCCACAAGUCAUUUUCUCAAUAUGUUAGCAGAAAUUGUUGAAAAUGAUAAUAAAAAGACCGAUGAUGAAUGUGUAUCUGUUGCACCAAUUGCAUUCUGGACUCAACUUUUUGCGAAGUAUUUCUUACAUGUCAAUCAUCCACAUCACGAUGAUAUGUUGUUUUAUGUACAGAAGGAUCCUAUGCUGCAUCAAGAAAGGGCAGAAGUGAAGGUGUUUCGAAGAGAAUCAACAAAAAAUCCAGGCCUGGGAGAUCCGUCUUUUGAUUGGACAGAAACAUUGUAUCUUAAUCUUAUUUUACAACAGUUGCAGUAUAAGUUAACAUGUGCAAUAUGCAGUAGAAGAUCUCCAGAGGAUGUCACGAUUCACAAAAAAGUGUCUCAAGUUGUGUACGCCUCUCCCAGCCGACAUGACAUGGAUGCAAAAGGCCCCGCCGCAGAGUUGAGUUAUCCGAACAUAUUCUUUCCCAUUGAUAGCUUUGACGAGAUAUGGACAGAUCUACAUCUUCGCGAAGGAGAGAUGGUCUGUGUAGAAAUCAUAGCUCACGAUAAAAACAUGGAGUUCAUUUCAGUCAUUUUUCUUGGCUCCGUUAACUAUGAUGCCUUGAUGAAAGUCUACCAAAAAAAGACCGAAGGUUUAGGUACAGCGACGAAAUGGGCAUCCAUGAUUUCUAUGGGAUUAUACAAGCCACCAAGUGAAACUCAAUUUGUUAAAAUGAAAGGACCAUCUGGAAAAGGAUACGCUGAGAUGGCAGUAGAAUUAUAUAAAGAUAGCAACAAGAAUGAUAAAAAGGGCCAAGACACCACUGUGCAAAAUUCUUCACUAGUUAGUUCAAGAUCGGAGCCUGAGUCUUUGUACAAUCACACUGUUCUACACAAGAAGUUGCCGAAUUAUUUAACGGCGGUACAUAGAGAUGAUUCAGGAGAGUCUACUUCUAUGCCUGCAAGUCCAUUAGAAGGGAGGAUGCCAACGUCACUAAAGACUCAGCUGACUUAUGUAACAUUGCCCUGGCACAAAAUAAUACUCGAUAUUUUGAAAGCUUAUGAAAAUCCAACAGACACAAAGAAACCAGUACUAGGAACAUGAUUGAUGAUGAUGGCAGUUAUUUAUUCCAAUUCCAGUGCAAUAUACUUUUUUCUACUUCAUCUUCUCGUAAUGUAGCUCUUUGAU